UUACCACAUUCUCCUCUGACAGUCACCAUCAUAUCAUCAUCACAGGAGCGACACGUGUGGUCUCCUCAGAUUGCGGCAUGGACCCUGAAGAUGCCCACUGGGGGGGUGUGUUUGGGGCUCAGUGCUCUAACCCAGCCAUGAGCAUCAUCGGGGCUGAAGAUGAGGAUUUCGAGAAUGAUCUGAAUGAUACGCCGGAGGACCAGGAUUUACGCUUUAACAGCAUAGAGCAGUUGAAGGAUCGGCCGACACACCUGCUGGUCUUCAUGCAACAUGUGUUUCUACAGUUUGACCCUGCUCCCAUGCUCUGUUACCUCCAUGCCGAAAUCUUCAAGACCCUCAGUGCCAAAGAGACCAAGAAGCAAUUUGUGGAGUUCUACAACACCUUCUUGGACAAGGGUGCAGUUCUUAGAGUGUCAGUACCAGCUAAUGUAUCCAGUGAAUUGGACCGAACUCGUCCAGAUCUGCUCUCCGAGGAAACCCAAAAACGCUUCGCUCAGGAUGUUCAAAGCGCGCAGGCGUCUGAGGUGGCCAAACAGCUCGAAGACUUCAGGCAGAAGAGGAUGAUGGGUAUGACCCCCAACGAGGCCGAGCUGCUCGAUGUGGAUAACCACUAUCCCACCGACCGCGUUCCGAUGGAGAUGAAGGAGAAGUCUGUGGCCGAGAACCUGCUGGACAAGAUGUCUGAGACACAACCAACGAUCGUCUCGGACGAAGAAAAAUGCCAAUCCAUCUUCUCAGCGGUCGCCUACUACAUGAAGCACCUGGGGGUUAAAAACAGAGCCGCCGACAGUAAGAAGUCCAGAGGAGGCUUCUUCAGGAGGCAGCUGGUGAAGAAUAAGAAGGAUGAGUCCACAAAAGGCAAGCCGAGGGGGGUGUUUCCUGGCAUCCCCAGCUGGAUUGCAGGCAACACUGAGGUCAAACCUAAAAUGGAGGCUGAAGCUGAAAAGGAUAAAGUGAAUCAGGAGCGUAAGGGUCCAGCUCCCGGCAGAGGCUCCGUGACCGAAGCCCCAAUCCUUUCCCUCCCCAGCAGGAAGUCGGGUUCCAGUGGAAGCACUGCGUCUGUACCUGGGCUCGAAGUCGGUGACGGCUCAGGCGGCAGCAUCAGCACCGCCAACAGCCCAGAUUUGUCUAACACUGAUGGCCUCUCAAGCAAUCGCUUAGAGCCUCCGACUCUGUUGUGUACCCUUACGGGAUCGGAUCUGUCCCCCGUCGGACUCGGGGGUGGGUUGACCAUUGGGGAGCCUGUCUCCCCCAGCGACACUCCCACAGAGGAGAAUCUGGAGAAAGACAGUAGGAAAGUGACUCGUAGCGAGAGUGCUCGCGUGGACCGGCACUCAUCCCGUCGCCGUGGCUCUUCCCGGGCCAAACAGUCCCGCUCCCGUAGUGAUGUGGACCUCCAGCCGCCUUCCUCCGCAACAUCACCUGCUCCGCUCACUCCCCACCACCAUCCUUUCGAAGGACCACUUUUAUUUCCUGAAGGGCCUGGCCACUCCCCAACCAGCCCCACCCCGCAGCUGGAGGAGGUGGAGCCGCGCCUCCUGGAAUUUGAGCACGACCCUACCAACUGGAGGGAGCUGGCCUCCCCUGAGGGUCUGUCCCGCCUUAGCAAGAAGGAGACCAAGAGGCAGGAGGUCAUCAACGAGUUGUUUGCGACGGAGCACGCCCAUGUGAGGAUGUUAAGCGUUCUUCAGAUGGUUUUCUCAAAGCCUCUGGAGAGAGAGGAGCUCCUGAGCUCCACUGAGCUGGCCACCAUCUUCCCCAACUUGGACGAGAUCAUUGAAAUGCACUAUAACUUCUAUGAGAGCUUGAAAAAACUGCGUUUGGACGACAACUUCAUAAUCAAAUCCAUCAGCACCACAGUGCUCAACAGGUUUGGUGGCCCAGAGGGGGAUUGGUUCCAGAAGUUGACAUCUCGGUUCUGCAGUCACCAGUCGUGGGCCUUGGACCAGAUCAAGAGCAGGCAGAAAAAAGAGACGCGCUUCAACUCCUUCAUACAGGAGGCAGAGAGUAAGCCUCAGUGCCGCAGGCUUCAACUCAAGGACAUCAUUCCUAUAGAGAUGCAGAGACUGACCAAGUAUCCAUUACUUCUGGAGAAUAUUGCCAAGAACACAGAGGACCUGAAGGAGAAGGACAGGAUCCAGCAGAGCGCAGAGUGCUGCAGAAAGAUCCUCAACCAUGUCAAUGAGGAGGUCAAAGUGAUGGAGAACCUAUUUGCUUUAAAGGACUAUCAGCGUAGAUUGGACACGUCAGGGCUCAAACCAAGUAACGAGCUUUACACAGAAUAUAAGAACAUCGACCUGACUCAGAAGAAGAUGCUUUAUGAGGGUCCUCUGACCUGGAAAGUCACAAAAGAGAAGGGAAUUGAGGUGCAGUGUGUGCUGCUCGGCGACCUGCUGGUGCUCCUCCAGAGGCAGGACGACAAGAUGGUCCUCAAGUGCCAGAGCAAGAGCAACAUCGCCGUGCAGGAGGGCAAGCAGAUGCUGAGCCCCAUCAUCAAGCUCGACUCUGUCUUUCUCCGUGAGGUGGCCACAGAUCGAAAGGCCUUCUACGUGAUAUUUACCUGGGAAAGCGGUGCUCAGAUCUAUGAACUGGUGGCUCAGUCUGUCGGAGAGAUGAGGACCUGGACCGAUGUGAUAAAGACAGCAGUGGAUGAUCUGAAGAAGGGCGGAGCACCCAUGAGGUUGAAUCUGCCUCUUGGAAGUGGAGGAGCUCCCUUCAGUCCCUCCACGCUGACUGCCCCUCUGAGCCCGACGGAGAAUGGAGGCUUGAAAAGCAGCAGUGAUCGAGAUAAGGACAGCCUGACGGAUGACAAGUCCUCAGACCCCAGGCACAGGCUGAUUGAUUUCCUGUCAGACGAAGGCUUUGACUUGAUAGGCCACUCCAACAGUGAUCAGGAGAAGGUUGCCAACAGUGCUUUGGAUGAAGUCAUGUCGCUGAAAAGGCUUCUGGUCGGCAGCAUCAGUCUGUCGGAGGAGGACUCGCAGCCUGAGGAGGAAAGCGGAGAGGAGCCUUCGCCCAGUCCAGAAGUGGAGAGCUGUCAAUCAACAGAAAAAAACCAGACGACAGAGAGAGGGGCGGAAGAGGAGAACGGUGAGAAUUCUGAAAGAGAAAAUGCGGAGACGAAAGGAGAGGACGAGAGGAGCAUAAGCGCGCCGCUGGUGUUGUCCCAGGAGAGGAUGGAGGAAGUGUGCAGGAGGCUCCACAGUGUGGAGGAACAUCUAAAGAGAUUACAGACUGUUGAGGAGCGACACGACCGCUUGCAGGAGGCUCUUUCCAGGUUCUCGCUGGAGGGUGGUAACUUCUAGCGAGACACCAUCACGCCACCUGCUGGCCACUAGAUUUUCACUGGUGCUGGUUUGGAGUGCAAGAGUGACUUUCAAAGGCUUCCCUGGAAAUUCCAAAACUUCCAGAAGUCAUGCCUGGACCCACGCUGCCUUAUUUGUUUGUGUCCCAGCUGUUUACGGCCGAGCGGGAAGUUUUCUGCCUGACGAGAGGGGGAGGGGGGGGGGGGGGGGCUCUGUGCUCUGUGCUGUGUGCAGUGGUUCAAUGGCAGAACAUGGGAGGUGUGUGCAUGUGUGUCUGUGUAUUUGCGUGCAUGCUUGGUAGAGAGGUAUACAAAGAGAAAACAAAAAAAACAAAAAAGACAUCCUACUUUUGAGUGGGAAGCUGCAUUUGCAGAGAGGGGUGCCAAAACAGAAGCAAUACUUUGCCGUGAGAGAGGGACGCUCCCUGACAAAUUGUACAGAUCACGUUUUGCUGUAACACACAUACGCACACAAAGACACGCAGGCUCCAAAAACAAUUCACACUGAUGCCAAACGCAGAUGCACAGUAAACAAUAUGUUUCCUUGCCAAUUUAGCUGCACCAGUUCGGAAGCCUUGCAGGGCCAAUGCGACGUUUGAAGAUGUAUUGAAAUACUACUGCUGAUAUAUAGUGUUAUUUCUACUCUAUGCCAAAGUUACACAAAGAUGCACUUUCUCCUCUGAUCAAAUCAAUUUGACACAUUGUUUUCUGCUGGUGGGCUUCGAGUAGGACGCCCUCAUGCAUGCCAGGACGUGUGUGUCUCUGUGUGUGUGUGUGUGUUAGAGCUUUUUAAUUCAGGAGGUGCUUUUUCUGGAGGGUUCUUACUGUAAUUAGGUCACAAAUGCAACCAUUUAUGAAUAGAGUCACUAUUGGUAAUCAUGCUGUUAAUAAUGGAGACUUGUUUGUAUGUAUGUAUCGGCUUUUUUUUCUUUUUUUUUAAUUUAUUCUUUCUUCUGAGUCCUGUCAGGUCAGUGAGUCGCCUCGCCCGGGUAGAGCUGUUACAGCAACCGGGCCCAAAAGACAAAGCAAUGUGUCAGGGACGAGAGGAAACAUAGGAAGGCAAACUGAGAAUGUGUCACUAAAAGAUGGAGAGAAGAUGAGAAGAUGAGAAGAGGGAGAGAGAGUUCAGAGGUUGUUUGUUGCUUUGGUUCAUCUGAAACCAGCUUAGACGGUCAGGAGAAGACGAAUAGAAAACAGGAGAUUAGGAUUUGCACUUACUGUACUGAAGAGAAAUCUUGACUCACGUUCACACACACACACACACACACAUUUGUGACUUCAGAUUAUACAUUUUAUUACAUUACGUAAAUUUACAAAAACACAACAUUCUUCCCUGGUAGCAAUAUUUGUAUCAAAAUUGAGCUCAGUCUUUGUGUUUUAUCAAGCAGAUGAUUGUUAUUAUGAUCAUGAUGAUAUCAUUUCGAAGCGGGGGCAGAACACAGGACCAAAGACUCACACAAGCUGUAAUCUUCUUAAUGACAUCUGUUGGAUCUGUGUGUUAGCCCGUCACUCCGCUGCUUCUCCUCUCCCCCGACCUCAGAAGGUGAAGGGAUUUCAGAAGCACAAAGGGGAACAAAGGAUUGGUCGUUGGUUAUCCAUUCUUUAAUGUAUGUGUAUGAAAAUAAUGAGAAAAGAUGCUUUGCGCCUCACGACCAAACUGAAUCUGUAAAUCCCAGAGGUCUUGCUCGAGUGAAUGUCUUCACCUCAGCGUCUGUGUGUGUGUGUGCGUGUGUCAGUCAGUGUGUAACUGUCACCAGUUGUUGUCUUUCUGUCCUCGAUACGAAACCCUGUCGACACUUCUGGUGCUAAAUUGAACACAUGGGACUUGAUCCAGCAGCAGAAAGACGAGACGGUGAAGCCAGAUGAAGAGGAAACGCUGAGAGUCUAUUGGAAAGGAGGACGACGACAAUUUUUAUUCCAGCGCCGUCGUAUUCUUCUUUUCUGUGCUACGAUAACUUCCUGAUUCGCAGCCUCAUCGUUGUUGCCACUGCAAAAAAUCCUCCUGUGUGACCUGAGUAUGAAAUUGUGCUGUGUGUGAUGAUGGGUCCAUUAGUCACUUGAGCAUCACAAACUGUUAGAACAUAAGCGCCAGCUCUCCCUGUGUCUUCCUCAUAGAAAUUGUAUAUAACUGAUAUUUUGAAGGAGAAAAAUGUAGAGAAAGUAUAAAUUAGAUGACCCCCCCCCCCCCCCCCUCAUUUUGUUCAUUAAGCUUAUUAGUGACAUACACCUCUUUAUAACACGCUCACCUCUCUUGAUAGCAUGGUCACCUAUUCCUACCACACAGAUCUUCCAUACGAUGUGUAUUUCAUUCGAUGUACUUAAACGGGUCGGGGAGGUUUUUGUUACUGUUUUUUUUUUUUUGUUUUCAUUGUUUUUGAAAGCAGCUUUUGUAAGUGUGUGUGUAUAUAUAUAUAUAUAUAUACACUAUGCAUUUAGCUGUAACGGUGAGAGAGACAGGACCUGUCUGUAACGCGUCUCUACUUGAGCAAAUUGAACUACGAUGCAAAUGCGUUUCCGCUCUGCUUAUGAGUGGGACCCUGCUUAUAAAGAGAUGAUCUCAACCAGGGAGGUUUCUUUAACCGUUAAACUGCAGGUGGAACGUCUUCGCUCUUCACCGGCCGAACGACUACUACAGGCACUUCUCGAUCUCUCUCUCUGUCUCUUUUCCUGAUGAUUUUCCUCAUGUAUUCGACAUACAAAUACCUAGAUGUAUAGAAAAUGUAUUUAUAGAGUGGUGCCUUGUUCUGACAAGGCACCACUUGGUUCUCAAAGGGCUCUCGAGUCCACAAACACACUCACUGUCGCUCCGGUCAACUGUCUGGACGAUGAAAGACCAAUUAGCGUUGAGGGAUCAUCCCAGGAUUCUGAUUGGUUGGCUGCAGGGUUUGGAGCCCAGCCUUUACAUCAUGCUGUGUUUGUGUCCAUCUCAGUUACAGCAAUGAGAUCUGAGCCCUCCAGUGUUGCCUUGUACAGAAAAAGACACUGCUUCCUGUCAUGUAGGCAACUGCCCGCUCACCUAUAUAUAUAUAUAUAUAUAUACAAUGAAUAUGCAAGAACUAUACUGUGUAUUUGGGUUUUUGAUUUUUAUUGUGCAAGAGGCUCUUUAAUGAUGUAAACUUAAGGAAAAUUGUGGUACGUUUGCUUUUUUUUAAUUCGUAAUGUUUUUAAAUAAAUUGGGGAAAUAAAAACCUGUUUCGUU